CUCGGGCGGCGCAUGAAGUUAAAAGUGUAUUUAAAAAUGUUGUUUUUCUAUUAAAUAAUGAUAAAUAGGUGAUUUUUUAAUCUCUAAAUAAUAUAGUGAACCAACAAAUUACUUAGAUAACAAUGGGCGACAAAGGCAGUGACUGGGACAAAGGGUUACGGGAGCCAGUAAAAACUUUAGAGGACAAAUGGAAGUUGGUUCCAUCUUUCCUACAAGUAAAAGGUCUCGUAAAACAACACAUCGAUUCCUUCAAUUACUUCAUCAAUGUAGAGAUCAAGAAAAUAGUCCAGGCCAAUGAAAAGGUGUUUUGUGACUCUGAUCCAUUGUUUUAUGUUAAAUAUCUCAAUGCUUAUGUUGGCACCCCAGACCUGGAGGAAGGAUUUAAUGUUACCAAACCCACAACUCCUCACGAAUGUCGGCUUAGAGAUAUGACAUAUUCAGCACCAAUCACUGUUGACAUAGAGUAUAUUAGAGGAAAUCAGAGGGUGAUUAAAAACAAACAGCUGAUUGGCAGAAUGCCUCUUAUGUUGAGAUCAUCAAACUGUGUACUGACUAAUAAAUCUGACAUUGAAUUAGCCCAAUUAAAUGAAUGCCCUCAUGACCCCGGCGGCUACUUCAUUAUUAGAGGUCAAGAAAAGGUAAUAUUGAUUCAGGAGCAGUUGUCUAGAAACAGAAUGAUAGUAGAUGAGUUUAAAGGGGCCAUACAGUGUCAAGUUACAAGUUCUACUCAUGAGAAGAAAACUAGAACUAUUGUCAUAUUGAAAAACACCAAGUAUGUCUUGAGACAUAAUGCCCUAUCAGAUGACAUCCCCAUUGCGGUUGCUUUCAAAGCUAUGGGUAUUUGCAGUGACCAAGAGAUAAUGCAACUAGUGGGCACUGAUGACACAACUGUUAAGAAAAUGGCACCUUGCAUCAUGGAUUGCCACAAUAUAAAGAUAUUUACGCAAAAUCAGGCACUUGCUUACAUUGGCAGCAAAUUGAGAGUAAAAAGAUUUCAAACGGCAAAUUCUAAAUCCCGAACGCCGAUCGACGAAGCGCGGGACCUAUUGGCUACAACCAUCUUAGCUCAUGUGGCCGUAGAAAACUUCAAUUUCUAUGUCAAAGCCAUUUAUCUUGCUAUCAUGGUUAAACGCGUCAUUGAGGCAGAAACCAACAAGGCGUCCAUUGAUGAUCCCGACUAUUAUGGAAACAAGAGGCUCGAGUUAGCUGGCUCCUUAUUAGCUCUUAUGUUUGAGGAUCUGUUUAAAAGAUUUAAUUGGGAGUUGAAGUCUAUUGCUGACAAAAUAAUACCAAAAGUAAAAGCGGCGCCGUUUGAUGUUGUAAAACAUAUGCGACCAGAUUUGAUAGCUAACGGAUUGUUUGCGGCGAUUUCUAGCGGUAACUGGACAAUCAAACGAUUCAAAAUGGAAAGACAUGGCGUAACCCAAGUACUCAGUCGCCUAAGCUACAUAUCAGCCCUUGGCAUGAUGACAAGAGUCAACUCGCAAUUCGAGAAAACCAGAAAAGUCUCUGGACCGCGGUCUCUACAACCUUCUCAAUGGGGCAUGUUGUGCCCGUCUGAUACCCCUGAAGGGGAAGCCUGUGGUCUUGUCAAGAAUUUAGCUCUGAUGACGCAUAUUACGACUGAGUGCUCUGAGCACCCUAUAGCGAGACUUGCUUGUAAUGCUGGCGUAGAAGACGUCAGACUCUUGGGCGGUGAGGAAAUAAAUCAUCCGGCUAAUUAUUUGGUGUUUCUGAACGGUAACAUCCUAGGAGUUUCAAGACAAUACAAGAAACUUAUCAAAGUCUUCCGAAUGUUCAGAAGACGCGGUCUCAUCUCAGCUUUCGUGUCUAUUUACCCAAACCACAACCAGAGGACGGUUUAUAUUUGCAGCGACGGCGGCAGGCUGUGCCGGCCUUACAUUAUAGUCGAGAAAGGGCACCCUUUAGUACAACAACAUCAUAUAAAAGAGCUCAAUCGUGGUAUAAGAAAGUUUCAAGAUUUCCUCAAUGAUGGUCUUAUCGAGUAUCUGGAUGUGAAUGAAGAGAACGACAGUCAUAUAGCUACGGAAGAGGCGGAGAUCGAUCCGUAUGUGACGACGCAUUUGGAGAUCGAACCGUUCACGAUAUUGGGCGUGUGCGCGGGCCUAGUGCCCUACCCGCAUCACAACCAGAGUCCGAGGAACACUUAUCAGUGUGCUAUGGGGAAACAAGCUAUGGGCACAAUUGGAUACAAUCAGAAAAAUAGAAUCGACACCCUCAUGUACAACUUGGUAUAUCCACAAUGUCCAAUGGUAAAAACGAAAACUAUAGAGUUGACACACUUUGACAAGCUGCCCGCCGGCCAGAACGCCACCGUGGCCGUCAUGAGUUACAGCGGCUACGAUAUCGAAGACGCCUUGAUCCUAAACAGAGCUUCGAUCGACAGAGGAUAUGGCCGGUGUCUCGUUUACAAAAGUGCCAAAACAACAAUGAAAAGAUACAGUAACCAGACCUCGGACAGGAUCUUAGGACCUUCCAGAGACGCAACUACAGGAAAAGUUAUCAGAGCGCAUGAAAUUCUGGAUUCCGAUGGCAUCGCCGCGCCGGGAGAGAUGGUCGAGAACAGACAAGUUCUAAUCAACAAACAAAUGCCUCCAGCAACCAUAAAUCCAGUGAAUCAAGGCCAGCCCCAGCAAGUCGAAUAUAAAGACGUUCCUAUUACAUAUAAGGGGCCAGUCGAGUCCUAUAUAGAGAAAGUGAUGGUAUCUUCAAACUCCGAAGAAGCUUUCCUCAUUAAAAUUUUGCUGCGGCAAACUAGAGUGCCAGAAAUUGGAGAUAAGUUCAGUUCCAGGCACGGACAGAAAGGUGUUACAGGUCUGAUCGUGCAACAGGAAGAUAUGCCAUUUAACGAUCGUGGAAUCUGUCCCGACAUGAUAAUGAACCCGCAUGGGUUCCCUUCCAGAAUGACAGUCGGAAAAACCAUUGAAUUGCUUGCUGGAAAAGCCGGAUUGAUGGAAGGCAAAUUCCACUACGGUACCGCUUUUGGUGGUUCUAAAGUGCGAGAUGUUUGCCAAGAGCUGGAGAAACAUGGGUUUAACUUUCACGGGAAAGACAUUUUCUACUCAGGUUUAACUGGGGAACUUCUUGAGGCGUACAUUUACUCGGGACCGGUAUACUAUCAGAAGCUGAAGCACAUGGUGCAGGACAAGAUGCACGCGCGCGCUCGCGGGCCGCGCGCCGUGCUGACGCGGCAGCCCACGGAGGGCCGCUCUCGCGACGGCGGCCUGCGGCUCGGCGAGAUGGAGCGCGACUGUCUCAUCGGAUACGGCGCUAGCAUGCUGUUAAUGGAGCGCCUAAUGCUAGCGUCGGACGCGUUCAGCGCCGACAUCUGCGGCGGCUGCGGGCGCCUCGCGUCGCGCGCGUGGUGCCACGCCUGCCGCUCCUCGGCCGCCGUCUCCACUGUAGAGAUGCCCUACGCUUGUAAACUACUGUUCCAAGAACUGGCCUCUAUGAACAUUGUGCCUAAACUUACGCUUAAGAAAUACUGUUAAUUUGUAUGGAAUACAAAUAUGUAUUAAGUAAA